AUGUCUGAAAGAGUAAAAGGAGCAGCCAUUGGCAUUGAUCUUGGAACGACCUACUCAUGUGUAGGUGUCUGGGUUAACCAAAACAACCGGGUGGAGAUAAUUCCGAAUGAACAAGGAAACAAGACCACUCCCUCUUUCAUAGCCUUCACUGAUACAGAGUUGUUGGUAGGCGAGGGUGUGAUUGAUGUGAAAGCUGUUGGGGGAGACACUCAUCUAGGUGGUGAGGAUUUUGAUAGGGCACUUGUUAAUCACUGCAUGAUGGAAUUUAAUAAAAAACACAAGGUGGAUGGCAUGAACGGAAAUCCUAGAGCCUUGGCCAGGUUGAAAGUUGCUUGUGAAAAAGCAAAGAGGGAUUUGACCUCAACAACUUUAGCUUCAAUCGAGAUUGAUUGCUUAUAUAAAGGCAUUGACUUCUCCACUAAAAUCAGCCGAGCGAAAUUCGAGGAACUGAAUUCAACUUUGUUCGACAAGUGCAUUCAGCUGGUGGGUGACUGUUUGAGUGAUGGGAAAAUGCUAAAGACAGAAGUGGAUGAGGUGGUGGUGGUUGGUGGAUCAAGUAGGAUUCCGAAGGUGCAACAAAUGUUGGAGGAAUAUUUUAAUGGGAAGACAUGCACUUUGCAAGAGCAUGAAUGGGGAUGA